AUGCACCAUUAACACAUUGUUUUACUUUCUACAGAUGAUGUGAUGCAGACCACGUACUGUGAAAUAGAUUUGGAUAAACAAACAAGAGAUGCAUUUGUUUAUGCUAUCAAAAAUCACUAUUGGUAUCAGAUGUACAUUGAUGACUUGCCAAUAUGGGGUAUUGUUGGUGAAGCAGAUGAAAAUGGUGAAGAUUUUUAUCUCUGGACAUAUAAAAAGCUUGAAGUAGGUUAUAAUGGAAAUAGGAUUGUGGAUGUGAAUCUGACAAGUGAAGGGAAAGUUAAACUGGUACCCAACACUAAAAUCCAGAUGUCUUACUCUGUAAAAUGGAAAAAGUCAGAUGUGAAGUUUGAAGAUAGAUUUGACAAAUAUCUUGACCCAUCUUUUUUUCAACACAGGAUUCAUUGGUUUUCAAUCUUCAAUUCCUUUAUGAUGGUUAUUUUCCUGGUGGGCUUGGUUUCUAUGAUUUUAAUGAGGACCUUGAGGAAAGAUUAUGCACGGUAUAGUAAAGAAGAAGAAAUGGAUGAUAUGGAUAGAGAUCUAGGAGAUGAAUAUGGUUGGAAACAAGUUCAUGGAGAUGUUUUCAGGCCAUCUAGUCAUCCUUUAAUAUUUUCAUCCCUCAUUGGUUCCGGCUGCCAAAUCUUUGCAGUUUCUUUCAUAGUAAUCAUUGUUGCCAUGCUGGAAGAUUUAUAUACAGAGAGAGGAUCAAUGUUAAGUACUGCUAUUUUUGUUUAUGCUGCAACAUCACCAGUGAAUGGCUACUUUGGAGGAAGCCUCUAUGCCAGACAAGGAGGAAGAAGAUGGAUAAAACAGAUGUUCAUUGGGGCAUUCCUUAUUCCCGCAAUGGUGUGUGGCACAGCCUUCUUCAUUAAUUUCAUUGCUAUCUAUUAUCAUGCAUCAAGAGCUAUUCCUUUUGGGACAAUGGUAGCUGUUUGUUGCAUCUGCUUUUUUGUUAUUCUUCCUUUAAAUCUUGUUGGAACAAUACUUGGACGGAAUCUUUCUGGUCAGCCCAACUUUCCUUGUCGAGUAAAUGCUGUUCCUCGUCCAAUCCCAGAGAAAAAAUGGUUUAUGGAACCAGCUGUUAUUGUUUGCCUUGGUGGCAUUCUCCCCUUUGGAUCAAUUUUCAUUGAAAUGUAUUUCAUCUUCACCUCCUUCUGGGCUUACAAAAUCUAUUACGUCUAUGGCUUCAUGAUGUUAGUUUUGGUCAUCCUUUGCAUUGUAACUGUUUGUGUAACAAUCGUGUGUACAUACUUUUUAUUGAAUGCAGAGGACUAUAGGUGGCAAUGGACAAGUUUUCUGUCUGCUGCUUCAACUGCAAUCUAUGUUUAUAUGUAUUCCUUUUAUUACUACUUUUUCAAGACAAAGAUGUAUGGUUUGUUUCAGACAUCAUUUUACUUUGGUUAUAUGGCAGUAUUUAGCACAGCCCUAGGAAUAAUGUGUGGAGCUAUUGGCUAUAUGGGAACAAGUGCCUUUGUUCGAAAAAUCUACACGAAUGUGAAAAUUGACUAAAGGAACUGAAAUCUGGAACAGUUAACAUUUUAGGGUGUGGGGUGGGAAAAGAGUAUAUAAACUUGCACACCAAAAAGCGCAGGAAAAAUUGUGUGCGUGGCACUGGGCACUCUGUGGGUCUCUCUCUCGUGGAUCAUUUAAAGCAACAUCUGUUUUCAUUGAUCCUAGGUUCUUACUGACUUUUUCCAAAUGUUCUCAGCAAAUGUGUGGAUUAUAUUCAGUAGGCAUUACCACAGUACAUGCUUAUCUUCCCAAAAUUAGUCAUAAAGAUGAAUAGACUAGCUCUCUUCAGUGAAGAGGACAAACUGUAUUUAACUAUUUGUUCCAUUCAGUUCUAAAGGAAAGUGAAACAGAUGGCUCUUAGAAGUUUCUAGUAAGUUAUUGGUACAAAAAAUAACUGUUCUGGAAAGAUUUCUUCCCUUCAAUUUUAGUGCUAUUUGAUAGGGCAAAGAAACACGGGUGCUACCUGAAUAAUUUGCAAUGUUACCUAUUAUAAAAUAUACAUGCAUUUGUUUUUUUAAAAAAAGUCAAAUAUUUGCAUGCAUUCUCAGUUUAAUAGGACCAAGUUUCCAUUUGUUCAUUAUAAAAGUAUAUUGAACUAUAUCUGAGACCCAUCCAAAGGAACUUAACUGUAAAGGUGGAGUUCUCUGCACUGCAAUUUUUUGUAUAGUUAGCAAGCAAAAUAUUAAAUGAAGAUGAAGCAUUCAACACAUGGAGGUUUAGAUUUAAAAACAAAUAAUUGAAUGUCUACAGUGAUUCCUUCCUUCCUUCCUUCCUUCCUUCCUUCCUUCCUUCCUUCCUUCCUUCCUUCCUUCCUUUCCUCCCUAACUCAGCAGCCCACCCCCCAGUUUGGAGUGUUUACUUGAUGAUUUAAAAGGGGUAACAAGUGUAUGAAAUAUUAAAUGAUGUAACUUAGAUGUAGCCCCCAAGUGUAUUUGGAUGUACAGAUUUACUAAAGAAUACUUCUUUUCUGAUGAUUCAGUGUAUAAAUAUGUGAAUUUAGGUGGCUUUUUACAUCUUGCCUGCUCUUGCAUGAAAUGUUGGGGAUUUCCUUGCAGUGCGUGUUUCAUGUUUUCUGUUUACUUAAGCUCUUUCAAAAGCAAAAACUUGUAAUUUAUAACAGUUUAAUUUUUGUUUAGUUCUCUCUGGACACUUUCAUAAUAUCUAAAGCAAUGUUGCUUUAAGUGUUCAGAAAGUUUCAAAUAAACUUUUCAGACAAAUGUU